GGUAAUUAGUAAACCACUGAAGCUAGCAGGCCACAACAACUGUUUGGACAAGAAAAUAUCAGAUCCCACAUAACCUGUAGUCAUACUGUGUGUGGCUCCUGUCAUCAUGCAACACCUGGGCAGGUCUCAGGUCUAACUGUGGCAUUCUCAGUCGUUGAAACUCACCUUGUGAGACUGGUAUGGCUAGUUUCACCCAGUUUGGCCUCUCCACCUAUCACUUGUCUUCAAAGUUACCAGCGAGCAGAAAAGUGCACUCACUACAUUUUGAGCUGCCUGAGACACUUCCUCUUUUCCAUCAUAGUUAGGAUGGUUGAGCUGCCUGUUGGAAAAUUUACUGCUGCUCUCGGUGGAAACUGAAAAACUGUUAGACUUUGUCAGGCAAUUCAGCAGAGGUCAACUGAACAGGUAUCGUACAAGAUGGAUGGCAAGAAAAAGAACUUCUUGGAGAACUUUCGUCUGAAAGCUAAGUUGCUCAAUCUGAAGAAGCCAGGUAGGAAGGCACUUGCCAAGCAAGGGAGGAAUCUGGCCCAUCGGCGCAGUAUUUCCGUACCUGACCUAAGGUUGGUGCCGGGUGAAGCAUUUUCUACAGAGAAUGCCUUGGUGUUCAAUGACUCUGAUACCAUCUCCUCCAUUGGCAUCUCUCCCCGUCUGAGUGAUACUGAUUCUAUUGCAAGUGGAUCAAUAGUUGAUGGGCCAUCUUUCACAGUCCCAGAAAUCACACCCCUGGAAGAUUCAGAAACUACACUCAGGGUUCCUACAGAUCGCUCAGCUGCAGCGGUUAAUAGAAAAAGUGCACCAGUAGAAACACUGGGCCUUUAUGAGGAAAUCAGUGAUACGAUGAAUUCAGGCUCAGAGAACAAGGUAAACUUGUAUGCACAAGUUAAUAAAAGGGCACAUGUAUCUAAAUUCACUUUUGACCCUAUUCCUGCACCAAGAUCUGUUUUAAGCAACGCACAAGUUCUUUCACCAAGACCAGACCUUGCAGAGAGAGAGAGCCUGUCUGGUGAAGACGCUCCAGCAGAGAGAGUGGUUUCAGGUAGCCUCGCUGCAGCAUUGGCCAGAGCAAACUCACUGGGAGAACAAAUGAGCCCAUACGUAGAAAGGAGGACCACAUCAUUUGAGCAGAGAAACCCAUCAUCUGAAAAAGGGAAUCCACCAACAAAAAGACAAACUGUUCCUCCAGAUAGCAUGCCUCUGACAUUAGAUACCAUGGGUGUUCCUUUGGAGAACGCAGAUGGUACCUCCCUGGACUCUGCCUGUGGCACCCCUAGUGAGGAGCGAGUCAACCUGCCCUGGACGACAGACUCAGAGGAACUGGACCGGGAACCCUGGUCUCCCUUUUCGAGAGAUUUCUCCACAGAAGAAGCUCUGCUGGAAGAGGCUCAGCACGAGGAGGCCCUGGACGAAAUAGCAGCGCUGUCCAGUGAACAGUUGGACUUCUUUGACGAAAAUUCGCAAGAUCCCUUAGAAAGCUCUAUGACAACAGGGCCUGAGGGCCCAACACCUCUUCCAUGCCAGAGAUACCUCCUGAACAUCAACUUAAAGCGGGGAAAGAACCUGGUCAUCAGAGACAAGCGCUCCGGCACCAGUGAUCCUUACGUGAAGUUCAAACUCGAAGGAAAACAGUUCUAUAAAAGCAAAGUGGUUUAUAAAAGCCUGAACCCGCGCUGGAAUGAGUCCUUCUCUCAUCCUCUGCGAGAUCGAGCGCAUGCUGUGGAAGUUCGUGUCUAUGAUAAAAACCGGACCAGUGACGACUUCAUGGGUUCCGGCUCUGUUUCCCUGAGAAAUCUUCAACUGUACAAAACCUAUGAAAUGGAGCUGCCCCUUAAUGAUCCCAAAAGUAAAGAAGAUGACAUGGGAGUUAUCAUUGUUGAAGUCUGCUUAAUGUUCAGAGAUGCCACCAUCAAAAGAAGCCCUAGAUGGCCAGUAAAGAAGAAUAAGCAGAACCAGGCCACACCAUCCCAGCGUCCAGCUGAGCCGCAGAAGAAAAACCAGAUGUGGACCGGGGUGCUUGGUAUCACCUUGGUGGAGGGACAGGACCUGCCGCAGUAUGGCCACGGGGACAUUUACGUCCGCUUCCGCCUUGGUGAUCAGAAGUACAAGAGCAAGAACCUUUGCAUUCAGGCCAAUCCCCAGUGGAGGGAGCAGUUUGACUUCAAUCAGUUUGAAGAUAACCAGGAACCUCUGCAGGUGGAGGUGCUCUCAAAGAGAGGGAGGAAGGGUGAGGAAUCAUGGGGGAUGUUUGAGAUUGACCUAUCAAGACUUUCACUUAAUGAGAGGCAGCUCUACACUCAUGUGUUGGACCCAGGAAAGGGCAGGCUAGUUUUUCUGGUCACCCUGAGACCCUGCUGGGGAGUCUCCAUCACUGACAUCGAAACAGCUCCCUUGGAAAAGCCGGAUGAGAAAGACACAAUAGCGGAUAGAUUUAGCUUAAAGAACUCACACAAAUGUGUGGGGGAGGUUGGCUUCCUUCAGGUCAAGGUUAUAAAGGCAAAUGAUCUCCCUCCAACAGACCUCAAUGGAAAAAGCAACUCAUUCUGUGUUAUUGAGCUUGGUAACAGCAAACUUCAAACUCACACAGUUUACAAGAGUGUCAAUCCGGAGUGGAACAAAGUUGUUACAUUCCCAAUUAAGGACAUUCAUGAUGUGGUAGAGUUGACUGUCCUUGAUGAAAAUGGAGACAAAACCCCAAACUUUUUGGGGAAAGUGGCCAUUCCCUUACUGAGUGUUCAGAAUGGGCAGCAGAUAUGUCUGCUCUUGAAGAAGGAACACUUGGGAAGUGCAUCCAAAGGAACCAUCACACUGGUGCUGGACAUUCUCUAUAAUAAAGUCAGGGCUGGCAUCAGAACUUUCCAACCAAAGGAGACAAAAUUGAUAGAGGAAAACGUGAAGUUCUCCAAAAAGGUUCUUGCCCAGAAUAUAUACCGGGUUCGAAAAAUCAGCACAGCAGUUCUGUACACGUUACAGUACAUUAAAAGCUGUUUUCAAUGGGAGAGCACGCAACGGAGUCUAAUAGCCUUUCUGAUCUUCCUUGUGACGGUGUGGCACUUUGAGCUCUUCAUGCUGCCCCUCUUCCUGCUUCUGCUCGUCGGCUGGAACUACUUCCAGCUCACCACGGGGAAGGCCAGCUCCAACCAGGACCUGGUGAACAUGAGCAUGGGUGACGAAGAAGAGGAAGACGAGAAGGAAUCUGGAAAAAAGGGUUUGAUGGAUAAGAUACAUAUGGUGCAGGAAGUGGUGCUGGUCGUCCAGAACGUUUUGGAAGAACUCGCAAACACUGGAGAGCGAAUCAAGAACAUCUUCAACUGGUCUGUCCCCUUCAUGUCAUGUCUGGCCUGCUUGGUUCUGUUUGUGUCAACAGCACUAUUAUAUUUUAUCCCACUGCGUUAUAUUGUGCUGAUAUGGGGCGUUAACAAAUUUACCAAGAAGCUGCGCAACCCAUAUGCUAUUGACAAUAAUGAAAUACUGGAUUUCCUCAAGAGGGUGCCUUCUGAUGUUCAAAAGGUGCAGUACAGCGCGCUGAGGGCGCCCACCAGCCAGAGCCAGCAACGGAAGAAAAGGUAGGCUCCGCGGACAUGCUGGAUGAAAGGCUGGUCUCCCUUUGAAUAUAGUACGACGCAGUCUACCUGACAACAAUGCUCCAGUGCUAGCAGAGCCCAUGACCCUGUGCACCCCACCAUACCACCCUAACUCUGCCCCCUGCUGCUGAGGGGCAGCCAGCCACUCUCUGGCUUGUGUGUUUGCCACCCCCCUGACAGGGGCUGUGAACUGCAGCAGCUAGGAGGGCAGCACAUGGUGCUGUCAAUCACAAGCCUGGAGGUUAAGAAAAGAGAGCUCAGCCUUCAUCUUUGGAUAUAAUUUAGAAAAGGAAUGAAAAGCGUCGGGUUUGGUUUACCUUAGACUUCCACUAUUUUGCCUUUUUUUUGACUUUGGGGAAACUGAGAAAUUUGCCUUAAGGUGAAGUUAAUACAAGCUUAACAGUUUACUGAAAACAAACCAUGGCAAAAUUUCUUUAUCCAUCUGUUAUUAUAUUUAAAGGUUAAGAGGUCAUAUAUAUUGCAGAUAUUUAAAUAAUCAGGGAGAAGUCAUAUGUUUUGUUGCACAUUUAACAUUUUAGGACAGAGUACUGAAUUCUUUAAUUGUUUAUAAUAUAAUGCUGUCAGCUUUCUUAAUUUGAUCUCAGAAACAAAUAUAUAUUUAUGUACUGUAUGUGUAUUAAUUCUCUGGCUGACUAUUUUUUAAGGAAAGUUUCUGUGUUUUAUGUCAUGUUAGACUGAUUGAUUUGAGAGUUUAUUUUUACUCAAUAUCAUGUCUGUGUCAUCCAAUGCAGAAUUUGCAAGAAUCCUGACUAAAUAAUCUUGAUCAGUUUGA